GAUGGGGGUCUCCAGCCCGGCAGAGCUCCCGGCCCGGGGCGGCAGCGCAGCGAGUUCAGCCUGAUGGCCAAGCGCAUCGGGAAGGACCUGAGCAACACCUUUGCCAAACUGGAGAAGCUCACCAUCCUGGCCAAGAGGAAAUCCCUGUUCGACGACAAGGCCGUGGAGAUCGAGGAGCUCACCUACAUCAUCCGCCAGGACAUCACCAGCCUGAACAAGCAGAUUGCUCAGCUGCAGGAGCUGCUCCGGGCCCGGGGGGGCCCCGGCGGGCGCCACGUCCACUCCCACUCCAACACCGUGGUGGUGUCACUGCAGUCUAAACUGGCCUCGAUGUCCAACGACUUCAAGUCGGUGCUGGAGGUGCGGACGGAGAACCUGAAGCAGCAGCGGAGCCGUCGGGAACAUUUCUCCUCCCUCCCCGUCACCCCCAACAACCUCGGGAACCCCGUGGUGCUGCAGGAUGACCCCCCCAACUCGGGGGCCGUGGCCAUCGAGAUGGACCCUCGGACACACCAACAGCUGCAGCUCCUGGAUGAGCAGGACUCCUACAUCCAGAGCCGGGCGGACACAAUGCAGAACAUCGAGUCCACCAUCGUGGAGUUGGGCUCCAUCUUCCAGCAGCUCGCCCACAUGGUCAAGGAGCAGGAGGAGACCAUCCAGAGGAUCGACUCGAGCGUGGAGGACGCGCAGCUCAACGUGGAGGCGGCGCACGGGGAGAUCCUCAAGUACUUCCAGUCGGUCACAUCCAACCGUUGGCUCAUGGUGAAGAUCUUCCUCGUCCUCAUCGUCUUCUUCGUCGUCUUCGUGGUUUUCCUGGCCUGAAUUCCCGGAGUUUUUGGCCCCUUCCCUGGAUUUUUCCCCCCCUCUCUCCGGAGGGGCCGCUCGGACUCCUCGGCCCCCACGAGGGGCUCGGGCACGGACACGGGGCAGGGGGACCCCCCAACUGCCCCCCCGGGACCCCAAAACUGUCCCUCUGGGCCCCCCCCCCGGCUCUGUGGGGCCUCGGGGGGGUUGGGAAUGUUGGGAACGGUGCGGGACCCCCUCCAUGGACCAGGGACCCCCCCCGGGGAGGGGCUGGGGGGGGCUGCAGGGCCCCAUUAAAGGUGUGGGAUGGGACCCCCCCCCCAAAAAGGGGCUGUGGGACCCCCAUUAAAGGUGUGGGACCCCCAUCGUGGACCCCGUUGAAUCCGGGAGGAUCCCCUGGGGGGGCUGCAGGACCCCCACUAAAGGUGUGGGACCCCCCAUUUAAGCCGUGGGACCCUUAAAGGGGUCUCUGGACCCCCAUUAAAUCCCGGAGGAUUUAAUCCAAAA